AUGUCUCGGAUGCACACGGGAAAUCGAGCAUACUUCAAAGCUCUCUUGGUCCGCACCCUUCGGGACGUGAUCGUGCUUUCGCAAUGGUGCUGUACGGCUCCGUAUCCUUUGGACCCGUUCCAACGCUUUACACGCCACCAUCACACGGUAGUGAAGAGGCUUCGUCAGUUUGUAUCCGCCGUACUGUUUGGUAUCAUCUUCGCUGCACCCUUCUUGCUGUACUAUCUGGACUCCGGACAGAUCUACGUGUACACUAUACCUCUGUCAAUUAAACUCAUGUACUACCUUCAAACGGCAAUACAAACCGGCUCGAUAGGAUACAUUCUGUUUGUGUAUCAAUAUCGAACCAACUUUCAUCUGUUUUACUUCGAGCGUCUUGUGUGCGUGUUGGAAGAGUUCGGUCGUCCGGACAUUGACGCUCGUCUGUACGCGUUGCAAGCGAACAUUCGUCGAAUGCUCCCAGUACUACCGGUAUACAUGGUGCUGAUCGUUACGGCUUACAUUCUGCGCGAACAAUCUUGGAUUGUGUUGCCCAAGUUGGUCAUUUUCUUAGCAACGCAACUAAUGGUCACAAGUUUAACGCUGCUUUAUGUCGCCAUAUUCGGCACAGUGUUCAUGUUACUACGCCAGACGAACGACACGUUAGAAAGCAUUCUGCUGGGAGUGCCGCUGAUUGACAAAUCCUUCGCACAUUGUUCGCUCGUCUAUACCGCACCCGUGCGCCUAACGCGGGAUGACGAGCGAACGGUGGAAAAGAUACGUCUGUUGCAGCUAAAAUUGCUUCAUAUAGUGCUACGGAUCAAUGGUGGAGAGUUCGGUCAGCUGUUGAUCAUGAUUCUGCUGGCCACCUUUAUAUUUCUCAACACGGAGCUGCUGCAGCUGUAUCAAGGCAUAAAAGUAGAAGCAUUUUCGUUCGCCAUUAUCUGCUCGAAGCUGCUCAAUUCCGCACAUAAGAUUGCCAUGCUGUUCAUGUUUGCUUACCCGAAUCGAUUGAUCCAAACACAGAAUAUACGUGGCCUUAAAAUACUGUAUCAAUUGAACAAACCAGGAAACGAUUCACGAUGUACUGACAUUACAAAUCGCUUCAUAACGCAGACAAACUUUUUUCUCGAAAAGGCGCAUGAGGUGUAUGGCAUGAUAUCGAUCGAUAUGACGCUGAUUUUAAGUAUCGUUGGAGGCUUAACUAACAUUCUUGUAGUACUGGUGCAGUUCUCUGAUGCGAAAUCUUCACCCACUUAA